ACAACAGUGUCAACAGGUAGAAGAUCCUCAUACAUCUUCCUUAUUGGAGAAUAUGGACAACCAAAGCCUCCGAGAUAUGAUUCGCCAACACCUGCGAGGAAAGCGAUUUCUUAUAAUUCUCGACGACCUGCCCAAAAAAAUGCCCUUGAAGUCUUUGAUGAAUGCUUUUCCACAACAAGACGACGGAAGUAGAGUGCUGCUCACAAGUCACACUACACCUAUCGACAUAGAAGUAUUUUCUGAAAAUGUUUAUAAGAUGGAACCUUUGGAUUCUAAGAAGAGCUGGAAAUUGUUUCUGAAAACAAUAAACCAUGGCAAUAGAUUGAUGGGAGAGCACCAAUUCCCAAUGGACUUGGAGCAUAUGGGAAAACAAAUGUUGAGAAAAUGUGGCGGUCUGCCAUUAGCUAUAAAAGUGGUGGGAAAGCAGUUAGCAGAAAAGAAACUCUCCGGGGGCUGUGAAUGGGAACAACUUCUUGAAUCAGUUGAUUUUGGUCCAAUAUUGAAGUUAUUGGAACCAUUUUAUCUUCAAUUGGAUCCCGAGGGGCAGUUAUGUUUCUUGUGUAUGGCCUUCUUUAAGGAAAAUACAACUUUGAGGAAAGAAAAGUUGACACAGAUUUGGGUUGCAGGAGGAGUGCUACAGAGUUCAGAAGAUCAGUGUGAAAAUUAUUUAGAGGAUUUAGUCAAUGAAUCCGUUAUUGAUGUCAAUGACAAGGGCACCAAGUAUCGUAUGAAUGUUGUGCUACACAUGCUAUCCAUCCAAAAGGCAGAGGAGAAACUAGGUUUCGAGAUCCUAAGGAACAAUGGAAAUAAUCGGCCCUCUGAGAGUCCUCGUCAUCAUCGUGUUAUCAUUUGUAGCAGAGACAAGUUCAACUACUCCACGGAUCAAGAUAAGCAUCUUGUUUCUCUCUUCUUCCAUGGAGGUGGCUACUUGGACACUAGUCCAUCUUAUUGGAAGAGCUUUGAACAACUUAAGAUACUCGACUUGGAAGAUUUUGGGUUGAAGUUUUUACCGGAAACUAUCUGCACAUUGAUGGAACUAAGAUAUUUGGGAUUGAGAAACAACUACAUAAAAGAGCUUCCAGAGUCGUUGGGGUGCUUGGAAAAGCUUGAGGUUCUUGACAUAGCUCAAAACUUUAUGUUGGAGCUGCCAGAUGUUAUAUGGGAAUUGCAUAGCCUUCGCCACCUCUACAUGUCUAAUCUGAUUUACCGGAAGCCUUUUAAGAUUGACACGCUACAGGAUCUGGAGACCUUAACCUACGUCUCUGUUGAUAAUUGGACAUAUGAGCUCUCGGAUUUAAAAAUGUUGAAUGAGCUUUGGAAAUUGGGGAUAGAAGAAGUGGAUGAAAACUCAGAUGUAAGCAAGCUUUUUGUGUCAUUGGCUGAGAUGUACUAUCUUAACCACCUAAUCUUAAGAGGGUAUCGUUUCAGAAGUAUGCCUUGUUUGGAUGAGCUUCGUAUUCUAUACGGACUCAAAACACUCAAAUUAGAUGGACUCCUUGCAAGGCGUCCAACAAGUUUCCCUCCAGAACUUGAAACAUUGACGUUGAUUAAUAGCUGUCUUGAUGAAGACCCCAUGCCUCUAUUAGGGGAGAAGUUACCCGAGCUAAAAUACCUCAAAUUGCGGAAUGCAUACACUGGUCAACAAAUGGUGAUCUUAGGCGAUGGCUUCCCUCGUCUCGAAAAAUUGUGCAUCGAAGAGUUGUGGAAUCUAAGAAAUGUACGAUAUGUAAAAAAUGCAAUGGGUAAUUGGCUCAUGAAAUUAGAAAUCCAUGAUUGUCCAUAUCUGGAUACCCUCCCGGAAGAGAUUGUGUCGAUGACUAAUCUGAGGGAGUUAAAGAUGGUGACAACCAAAAGCAUUGCAACAAAGAUGAAGAAUUCACACUUAUCCUCCAAGAUAGCGACGGUGAAUAUCAAUCCUAUGAGCUAGAGCAGUUGGCGUUAAUCUGGAUAAUUGAUUUUUCUUCUCCUUUGGUGGUUGUGUGUUUCUAAAUGACAUUUAGUUACUUUGGCAAUGGUGAUUUCUUCAUAUCUUGUUGCUACUCUGUUCCUUCUUUUUUAUAUUUUUUGGUUGGAAUUUUGUAAUAGAACAGAGUUGUUUCUAUGAAUCAAAUUUCUUAAUCAGCUUGAUGGAUUUAAAGGUGAA